AUGUCGACUUUUGGAUCUUAUGACAGAUCCACAUGGCCCAUGGCACACUCAUUUGUACACGCGUCCCUUGGAUCCUACAUAGUCAACCCUACAGCUACCUCUUCAACGAUAAAUUGGCUUACAAAAUUCCACUUAUCCACUUAUUGUAAAACAUUAUUUGCCUCGAAACAGAUUAAUAGACCUCUGUUAGAAUUUGAAAGCUUGUAUCUUUUACCUGAGGUCCCCCAUUACACUCUAUCAGAAAUAUACAAACUCAUACUGGCUCACAUCGACAAUAUACCUCCCACCUUCACUAAACUAUGGUCCAGGGAGCUGGCAUUUGAGGUCAUCACAGGAGAUUGGCUCAAAGCAUUCCCCUUUACCCACAAAUCUUCUAUAUCGGGCUACGCUCAAGAGAAAAAUAACAAACAAAUGUUUGGAUGGUAUCGGGAUCCUGUCACCAUCCACCAGAUAUUUCCAUCAGCCGCAGACACAUCAUUCUCUGAACCAAGCAAUUUGCGUGAAACCGUAAGACAAUCUGCAAUGUCUGAAUUCAGUGACAGUGACCAGGAUGCCUUUGAUGAGCUGGAUAUGUUGACUCCACACACCAGGUCAUUACAGUCUUUGGAAAAUGCACAGAGUGAGUCUCGUGGAGACUGCUCAUCAGAUUCAGAUAUUUGCAAAUAUACUGCAUCCUUAACCAUUGGUUUUUCUGAUCCUGAAGAAUCACUUGCCAACUUACGGCUUUCACUGUUAGAUCACACAGACCAUGGAAACGACAACUAUAAUGCAGAAAAUAGUACCAAAUGGGAUGAUAACUUGGUAAUUCUCUCACACAGGAAAAUAAAAGAAUUCCUAGCUUUUUCCAAGAAAGGACCUCCCAGUCCCCCAACACCUGGACUCCAGAUUGCAGCUGAUACCACUGAUACAUAUUCAUCCAAGUGGGAAAAUGAACAGCAGCACACCUCUACAAUAAGUACAAGUAAUGAAGAAAACCAACAUAAAAUCCGAGAAUAUCUGCAGGAUCCAUCGAAAGCACAUACAAAUCCUAGCCAUACAAUGGAUAAUUCCGUUUUCUCAGAUUCUUGUUCAUCAAAUAUUAUAAAAGGUACCUUUCUUUCAUGA